AAGCGAUUUAGUCGAAUUUUUGAUGGCUUCACAUCGGCUUCUUCCUUCACCCCGUCGACUCAUCUCUCCUCUUCCGUCCUCGUGGGAUCCGACCAUCGCGUGGAAUGGCCAACAGCAAUCUUCCUCGAAGGAUCAUCAAGGAGACGCAGCGGCUUCUCAGCGAACCAGCUCCGGGAAUAAGUGCUUCCCCGUCGGAAGACAACAUGCGCUACUUCAACGUGAUGAUUCUCGGGCCGUCCCAGUCUCCGUAUGAAGGAGGAGUAUUCAAGCUUGAGUUGUUUUUACCCGAAGAAUAUCCAAUGGCUGCCCCAAGGGUCCGCUUCCUCACCAAAAUUUAUCAUCCUAAUAUUGACAAGCUUGGAAGAAUAUGCCUAGACAUUCUAAAAGACAAGUGGAGUCCAGCUCUCCAAAUUAGAACAGUACUUCUCAGUAUUCAAGCUCUUCUCAGUGCCCCAAAUCCAGAUGAUCCACUUUCAGACAACAUUGCAAAGCAUUGGAAGACAAACGAAGCAGAAGCAGUGGAAACAGCCAAGGAAUGGACCCGUCUAUAUGCUUCUGGGGCAUGAAAUGGACAACACUAUCCAUUUCAUGACAGCUACAGUGGAGUU